UAGAGUCCUGCGCUUUGGUGACAGAAAGCUCCGAUCGGACGGACCACGGCAAGUGUCCAUCGUGUAUCUCAGUGAGCGAUUGUGGAUAGCGCCACUGUGAUUUUUAAACCAACGUCGCGCACUUAAGGUUUUUGUAUUCCUGCAUUUGUACGCGGACGGCGAAUUAUGGGCCAAAGCUUGUCGUGCGUGUCCAAAAAGCAAAAGCACAAAGAUGAUAUAAAGAAAACGAAGGAUAAGAAACUGGUAAAGCAAGCGCACGUGACCAAUGUGGUACAAGAGGUGAUACAACCUGUAGAGGCCAAUGCGGUGGCUCAUGUAUCAAACGCAGUCAAUCAUGUCCCUGCCCAGGAGGAACUCGACUCAGUUCAACGUCGGCAAAAGCUGGUCAUCCUCAAGCCUGCUCCCCAAUCAGCAAAGACUCCAACGCCUUUGCUUCAACCCUCGUCCGGUAAAGUCGACCCACCACUGGAUAAAGCGACCUUUGAAACUCAGAGCCAAUCAAAUCGAAUCAGUUCGACCAGCGUACAUCAACCGCAACCAGUGGAUCAAGUCGCGCGACAGAUUGCCCAGAGUGAAGCUAAGCCGGCCACGUGGACAGAUCUCUAUUGGGCACUGAUUGGAAGUCGGAACUUAAAGACGGAUGAAGAGAAAGUGAAAGCUCUCUUCUCUUGGUUAUGCUCUAUCCCUUUGGAUCAACGGCCCUUUCUUACGUACUCAGAUCUUGAGCAAGCAGUCAGCGAAGGAAUCGAAUUUGCUGCAGAGGCCAAGGCUCGCAAGACCAAGUCACCCAGCCGCGACUCUCCAGAGGUCGUAGUGAAUGACUUGGUGAAAGGGAAAUCAACAUAUCUCAGAGCAUUUGAAUCACUCUGUCGCUAUUCCCACAUUCCCUGCUGUACCGUGAAAGGUCUUGCCAAGGGCGUCGACUACGCGGUAGGCAUGCAGCUUGCAGAUCAAGCGAUCCCACCAAAUUCGGGUGAUCAAUCACCCAUCAGCCGUAUUCAGCAUGCGUGGAGUGCUGCGUAUAUAGAUGGCAAAUGGGCUUUGUUCGACUCGAUGUGGGCAGCUGAACGUCUAGCGAUGAACGCAAACGCCCGAUUAUCCCAGAUAGCUCAAGUCGGGCGUAUGGAAUAUGAGACAGAUAUGUUUUACUUCAACGCGGAUCCGAAAAUCUUCAUCUACUCCCACUUUCCAUUUGACGAGGAGUGGCAGCUUCUGACGCCACCGGUAUCCUUAAAACAAUUCCAAGAUAGUGUUCUCUUGAAACCUGCCUUCUUCACUCACGGACUAGGAUUGUUCUCACAUCAAGAAGGAAAGGUACCGGUGCAGAAUAAGUUGGUGGUCAAACUUUCAAUUCCACCCACUCUUAUCGACGUACUGUUGUUCACAUUCAACUUGAAAUUGGAAGGCAAAGAUGAAAUGUUUGAGGGUGUCAACCUGUCUCGAUUUGGAAUGCACGAGAUUUCAAAACCGGAAAAUGUGGUCACAUUCAGCUUCCGUUUCCCGAAAGCAGGCGCUUACAAAUUGACGAUUUACGCUCGAAAAGUAGGAGAUCCGGUAAUCGACGCAGUCGUCGUAGAAGCUGGUGAUAAUAUUCAUCACAUCAGUUUUUUUAUGUGA